AUGCAGAAAUUGCUUUGGGAUGACACGACCAGUGCCAAAUCUGACGGCUUUCAGGUCAUCUUCACUCAGUUGAUUGAGAGAAUACAGCCGAGACCAGGUCUUGCCACCCAGACUUUGGUCCUCGCGCAUAGGAGAGAACUCGUCGAACAGGCCGCAAGGCAUUGCACCAAUGCUUACCCAGACAAAUCUGUCGAGAUCGAGAUGGGCUCAGUGCAUGCAUCCGGGACCGCAGACAUCACUAUCGCCAGCCUGCAAAGCAUCAUAUCUGGAGACCGCCUAAGCAAGUUUGACCCACGAAGGUUCAAACUGGUCCUCGUCGACGAAGCGCAUCAUAUCGUCGCCCCCGGCUACAUGCGUGUCCUCCGACAUUUCGGGUUAGACACCAGAAGAACCGACUCGCCCUCUCUGGUCGGCGUAUCGGCCACGUUUUCCCGCUUCGAUGGCCUCAAACUCGGCGCUGCCAUUGACGAAAUAGUCUAUCACAAAGACUACGUGGAUAUGAUCGGCGACAAAUGGCUCUCGGACGUGAUCUUCACCACCGUGCAGUCGACAGCCGACAUAUCCAAGGUGAGGACCGGCGCCAACGGCGAUUUCCAGGCAGGGGAAUUGUCAAAGGCCGUCAACACGGAGCAAAUCAACGACAUCACCGUGCGAAGCUGGCUGGCGAAGACACCCGACAGGAAGUCGACACUCGCAUUCUGCGUGGAUCUUGCUCAUGUUGCCGGGUUGACGCAGACGUUCCGGAAGCACGGGUUCGAUGCAAGAUUCGUGACUGGAGACACGCCAAAGGUGGAAAGAAGUGCCAUUUUAGAAUCCUUUCGCAGAGGAGAAUUUCCUGUCUUGGUGAAUUGCGGAGUCUUUACGGAAGGGACGGAUAUCCCAAACAUCGACUGCGUCGUUCUCGCCAGACCAACCCGAUCCCGGAACCUCUUAGUACAGAUGAUUGGCAGAGGCAUGAGAUUACACCAAGGGAAGUCAAACUGCCACGUAAUCGAUAUGGUAUCUAGCCUGGAAACCGGCAUUGUCACAACGCCGACGCUGUUUGGUCUUGAUCCAGGAGAACUUCUGGAUAAAGCUUCCAGCGCGGAUGUGCGCAUGACCAAGGAAAGGAAGGAAGCGGAACAGGAUCGACAACAACAGGUCUACCACGGCGAGUCGAGUUCACAGCCUCCUGCUUAUACGGGCUCAGUUACCUUCACUGACUAUGGCUCCGUCUUCGACCUCAUAGAAGACAGUUCUGGGGAGAAGCAUAUUCGGGCCAUUAGCAUGUAUGCCUGGGUUCAAACCGGCUUGGAUAAGUACGUUCUCUGUGCCCCCAACGGAUCCUUCAUCCGAAUCUCCAAACUAGACAGCGAGGCUGGAAAAGACCAACCGGUCUGGCAGGCCGUCGAAGUCAGAGCCCUGCCGCCUGGCGUGUCCAAGUCGCCAUACGCGGCUCCGAGAGAGCUCCUCCAGGCGGCCACAUUCACCGACGCCGUUCACGGUAGCGACAAGUACGCAUCAGAGGUGUUUCCACAUAUUUUUAUCCAUCGAUAUCAGCGUUGGCGAAAGGGACCGCCGACUCAGGGCCAGCUGGACUUCCUGAACAAACUCCGACCGAAGGAGGAGCCGUUGACUGCUCAUGAUAUCGACAAGGGCAAAGCGACGGACAUGAUCACCAAGAUCAAGCACGGUGCGAAGGGAAGGUUUGCUGGUAUCAUGACGGAGAAGCGCCGUAUCCAGCGGCAUCAUCAUAAGAAGGCCCAGCAAGAGGCGCGGGCUCAGCAAGAAAGGGUCUCCGUUGGGCCCGUUGCAUCGUGA